GCAUUGGAAACGAAAGUCAAGAAUUCAGGUAAGGGAGAAAGUUCUAGCAGAACCAGGAAAUAAAUAGAGAAUCUAAAGAAUAUGUCUUGGAGGACUGCUGGUCAGAGCAUUGGAAAACGAAAGUCAAGAAUUCAGGUAAGGGAGAAAGUUCUAGCAGAACCAGGAAAUAAAUAGAGAAUCUAAAGAAUAUGUCUUGGAGGACUGCUGGUCAGAGCAUUGGAAAACGAAAGUCAAGAAUUCAGGUAAGGGAGAAAGUUCUAGCAGAACCAGGAAAUAAAUAGAGAAUCUAAAGAAUAUGUCUUGGAGGACUGCUGGUCAGAAUUGCAUGUGACGUCUUGACCUAUCUCCAGCUCCAUGUGUUCCUUCUUCUCUACUGUUUGUAUCACGAUACUUCUGCAGAUCUCACAUGUAGCAGGUAGAUAUUCAAUCAGACCACCAAAUAAUCCUGUGAUUGGAUACCUUGAAAAGGAAGUAAUCUUGCCAUGUGUGCUAGAAACUUUGAAGCCAAUUGCAAAUGCCAGCUUCAGAAUUCAAUGGAUCUUGGAAAAAUCAGAAAAAAUUGAAGUGAAAAACUAUAACAGAAAGCAUGGGGAAACACAGGAUAGAAGAUAUCAGGGUCGAACGGAGCUCUUUGCUUCUGAGAUUAAUAAAGGCAACAUGUCCCUGCUCCUGAGGAACAUAAGUCUCUUUGACCAGGGACUAUACACCUGUAAGAUCUACCUUGAUGACUGGUAUUACAUGAUUCUGGUUCAGCUAGUUUUAGUAGCAAAUGGAGGUGACCCCACUAUUACCUUGGCAGAUUACAAGGGCCAAGGUAUUGGUCUCACCUGCAGCUCUGAGGGGUGGUAUCCAAGACCUCAGGCUCUCUGGCUGGACAGCAGAGGGGAAAACCGGACAGAGAAGUCAGCCAUAGCAAACACAGAGGUCGUGGCGGGUAUCUUUUGGGUUUUUGGUUCCAUUACACUGGAGCCAGGAGUGGAUAAUGAAGUCUCCUGCAAAAUCAUCAACAAUCUAGUAAAGAGUGAGAGAGAAUCCCGAAUCCUCAUUUCUGAUGCUUUUUAUCCAACUUCUUCCCCUUGGAUUGCACCCUUCAUAAUCAUUUUAGUGCUUUUUGGUUGCCUCAUUACUUUUCUGGCAUAUAAAUGGAGACGUAAGUAUUAUAAAUUUGUUACUAGGAGAAUUUGUGAAAUUAUGUCCACAAAAUAUUUUAGGAAAUGCCUCUUUUUCUGUGUUUGUGCUAAUAAAUGUGUCAUGUGGCAGAAAAAUAGAAAUGCACUCAACUACAUUCUACAUAGCUACUAUAAUUUCUCUCCAGAAAGCAUGGUAGCCUUGAUCUUCUUUGUUGUAGAAACGGAGAAGUGCACAUUUCAAGCAGCUCUUGCUGACAUCCAGGAGCAUCCAGAACGACUACAACAUGAAUUAGGACUAAGAAGAAUUCAGAGUCAUGCAGUUGCAGUUUAUUUGGAUUCAGACUGCAAGCAUCCAGACAUCACCAUCAGCAAAGAUGGGAAAACAGCUACACUUAAUGCUUUUGGAGAAGCAAAGUCUGCUGUGGGUUCUCUAGUGGUUGUGGGGAAAGAGGGUUAUGUUGCUGGGAAGCAUUACUGGGAGGUAAAGGUCGGGAAGCGGCUGGACUGGGAGCUGGGGGUGCUGACUCAGGGUGAAAGGGACAGAACCAGAAAGGGGAAGUUUUCUGUGGCCCUUGGAGAAGAACACUGGGCACUGAAAUGUGUCAGAGGAGAUUUAUUUUCUAGUCAAAAUGAGGAAAAGAUUGAAAAAAAACAGCAUGUGCCUUAUUCAAAUAUCGGCUUAUUUCUGGAUCAAGAAUCAGGAACAAUACAAUUCUAUAGUUCCACUAUGGAAACAGUACUGCUUAUAACCACCAUUGUCCUUCAGUCAACUGAGAAAUUGCACCCAUUAUUAAGUUUUGGUGAGUGUGCCCUAGAUUCUGCUCAAGGUCCAUUAGAAGUCAUCCAUAUGAAAAUCCCACUUCCUUUUCAGAAAGUUUGAAAAAGCGGGAAGAGAUUCAUUAGAUUUUUCUGAGAAAUAUCUCAACACAAAGAAAGUAAAAUAAUUGGUAUCAAACAUUCCAUAAAAAUUCAUCCAGGUGGAUCUUUUGUUUUGGUUUACAAUUUUAAAAACCAUUGACUAUGUGUUGUCCUAGCUAUAACCUGAGCCUUGCCAGCACAGGUGGAGCUCUUUCCUGCGGCUUUAGGUCCUCAGCUAGGCAAGGCAUCCUGGAAUUUUGUUUCUCAUAUAUAGCUUAGUCCUGGUGAAAAAAGGGAUAGUUUAUGACUAUAUUGUAUAUUUUUAUUUAAACUUUCCAUUCCAUGGAUCUAUGACAGUCAUUUGUUUAUACUGUAUUGCACAUCAAAUAAAAUAAAAAUAAUGAAGAAUA